UACCAUAUCUAACUCUCUCUCUUUGCAAGUUCAGCAACAAACCCAACACCUAUCAUCAUCUCUCUCAUAAACUCUAGAUUUCUUUUCUUUUUCUUGCUUUCAUGGGAGGAGGAAAACAUGGAGCAGCUGACCCAUUUCCUCUACUGCAAAAAAAUCUCUCCCUCUCUCUCUCUCCGAUUCACGGCCUCUCCUCUCCAUCCUUCUUCACCCAUCAGCAAAAUACGAAGAUAUGCAUUUUCCACUAUUUAUGUGUUGAAAUUUUUACGAAAUUAGGCGAUGUAGAUUUUAAAUAUCUUCCCAUAUGAGUAUGACCAUGUUGAUCUCAAAAUCAUGGAAGAAAGAAUUUUAGAAUUCUUAUAUGGCAAAAAAAAAAAAAAACUGAAACCAAAGAAAGAAGAACCAGAGAGAGAGAAGAAGAAGAAGAAGUCGACGGUCAAUAGUCUUCUAGUGGAGUCUUAUUGAGUGGCUGGUGAGUGAGGCAAAAAAAGAGGGGUAAAAAUGAAAGACAAACAACAUUCACUUUACUACCUAAAAUCUCGUGCAAAAAGGAAUAGGACAAGGAUUACGGGACUGAGGGAGUAUUAAAUUAGUUGAAUUAGGUAUAAUUAUUGGUGAGGAAGGUGGGAAAUGUAAAACUUGUUUACAUCAUUAAUCACCAAAAUUAUGAACAAAAGUUACUCCUUUUACAGUCCUACUUUUCCAGUGUUCUCACAUGGCACUGUUCCUCUUCCAAGCUAAUUAGUGUCAGUUAUGACCACUGCCUCUCUCUCUUUCUCUCUCGUUCAAAAAUAGCGUGAUUCAAGAAUGUGAAUAUACUCCCCUCUCUCUCCCUCUCUCAUUUCAAAGUUUAAAACUUUAGUUGGAAUUGUGUAGAUCACAAUGUGGCAAGUUGCUUUGGGGGCAGCAUUUGCAGCAGGAUCUGGGUUUCUAGCUAAAAGGCUAAUCAAUCCACCCUCCACCCAAAAUGACCAAGAAUCUUCUGAUCAACCCAAACACCAAAAUGGUCUCAGCUCAUCCAAUUUUGUUGACCAAGAUUCAAAUUUUACUGGUGAAGUUGGGGCAAAGGAGGAGUCUUUGGGUGAUCAAUCAAUCUUUAGGUUUUCCAGUUCUCCAGGUUCAGAAAGAGGGCCCAGCAAGAAAAGUGGGUGUGGGUGUGGGUCUAGCAGGAACAAGCAGGGAAAUGUGGAGGGGUUUAAGAGAAAUAAUGAUGGGAGGAUGGUGAAGAAGAAGAAGGGUGGAGUGGUGGGGUUGGAUCAUAGAUGCAGUGGCAGUGGGAAGAAGUUCUAUGUUUGCUUGAAGAAGAGAAAAACCAGCAAAACUGCUCCAGGAAAAUGUGACUCUUGUUCUUCCAAUAAAGGAAAUUCAGUUUUUGGUUGGGGUCUUGGUAUUGGAAUGAUGUGCAUGAUGUCAGCUCGGGGAGCUGAAAUCAGUAAGCUCAAUGUUGCAAUGGACGAGACCUCGAAGGUUGUUGAGGGAUUGAAGGAUGAACUUUCUCGAAGAAUAACUUCACACAAUCUACGUGGUUCUAAAUCUGAGGUUGGAAAAUUUUCGGGGGAUAUCAAGGAAGAGCGUAUGGAGCCUGCGUUUGUUAAGUUAUGCAGCGAGAAUCGAAAUGGCAAGAGAAUCUUCAGCUUUCCUGUAACCGAGGAAGGUGAAUACGCGAGUAGCGUUCUUACAGAGGAGCUGCUGCCUGAAGCUCGGGAAAUGGAUCAGCUCGAAGCAGAACUCGAAUCUGAGCUGCAGAAACUUGAUGGUUCUGGCUUUGAAGUAAGAGCAAAUAUUUACGAGAAUGGAGAUUUGGCUGAAGCGUUUCACCAGGGCGACGAAGAUAUGAAUUCCUACGAACUCAACGGGGUUCCUCCCUCUGAACUGCACCAGAAACUGUCCCAAGUACUCAUCGAGCAACAAGAAAGCCAGAUCGUGGAGUUAGAAUCUGAGCUGCAAAGGUCGCAUCGCAAACUCCACGAGAAAGAAGCCGAGCUCCAAGCACUCAAGGACUGUGUUCGUCGCCUCACCGACUUUUCUUUAGCCUCUGCUUCAGAUGAAGAUGCAGAGCAUUCAAGAAUCAUUGUUGACAAUGAGGAGAAGCAGAAUAUGGGUGGUGAUUUUAGGAAAUUAAUGGUUGGGAGCAAAAGAACAUCAAUGGAGUUUUGAGCAACAUCCACAUGUUUUAAGUUGAUUGUCUCAUCACUUGCAUAAUGUACUAGGUCCAUGAGUGGAUAAUAGUGAUAAGUAGACCAACAAAAGAUGCAUCUCGGGAAAAGGUCUGACCGAGAACUCUUUAACUUGGUGUAUGUAUAGUCUAGGUCUGAUCGAUAACCCUUUAACCGGACAUAUAUAUAUAUAUAUUAUAUAUAGUCUACUUAUCAAUUCCAUCCUUGUAGUUGUAUUAGAUGCUCACGUAUAAACUCUAGUCGUGUUGUUGUAUUUGUAACCUGCUCAUUUAUCAACUGUUCUAAAUUGUUGGGUUAUAUCUUUUGCUUUUUAA